AUCCAAAGAAAGUGCUGCAGAAUUGCAUAUAUUCAGGCUCAUGUGGAUCAGCAGGUAGCCCUGUGGCAUUCAGCUUCAUGUAGUUUCUGGUACUCUGACUGACAAACAAUAGUUUGGUCCAAGUUGUUUCAUCUCUUUCUUUCACAAGUGGUUGCUUCCCCAGUCAUACAGGUGAAGAAUCGUCUCUACACAUCUUCACUUGAAAUAAAAUGCUGACAUAUUUUAUGAAUGGUUUAUGGUUCCUUACCUCUUUCUUGAGACUGGUCAAGUAUUGACCUCAUAACCAUUGUUUUCUGGAAGGUUAUUGGAUGCUCAUUUAAUGGAGAGGUAAUCAGUACUCUUAACAUGGCAUGAUAGUUUAAUACAAUUUAAGUGUUACCCUUAAGUUAUUCUUUCUUUGGAAUCCUAGUUUUUUUUCCAUCCAGGUUUUGAUGAAAGGUAGAUGAUCCCUCUUUCUUUAAAUGACAGUAUUUGAAAAGUCAUGUUAGAAUUACAGCUGUUGAACUUCUCUUUAUUUAAUAUGCUAGUGCUGCAUUUCUGUUGUGGUUUUCCUUUUAACUCUGUGAUAAACUUCUUGCGGUUCUUGUCUUUUUCUCCUGGUUAAUUGUAGUUUUAUUCUUACAUUAGCUGUGUUUUAGCUUGUAUUUCCAGUUACAUUUCCAGUGAUAGAUGGCUUAUGUAAUACAGAGGGAUAGAAGUUCCAAACUGUAUAAACUACACAGUUAGGCAUGCAUUCUUACGCUCUUUGUGCUCAAUCUUUUUUGAGUGAACAUGUUUAUGGAUUUUAACUUGUAAACCUGUCAAGGCUUAGAUUAUUCCUGCAGCCUAACCAGACCUAACUGUUUCUAUGCUGGAAGAAUAAACAAAAGAUAUAAAGAAGCAAAUUGGUAUCUCCUUAUGGAGUCUAAGGAGUUGAGUUCUUUGUAGUUUCUAGGGAAAAAGGUCUUGAAUUAUGUAGUAUGGUGAAGGAAAUCCAAUGAGGAAGCUCUUAGAACUUGAGCAUGUAUAUGUAUUAAAAAAAAAACCAACAACAAAACACCCAAGGUUUUCUGGGGUUGAAUAAACUUGGAUCCCAGAAAACCUUUUUUUUUUCUUUAAUGCGUGUAAUCCUGGAAUUUAUAUGCUUUUAAAAAUACACACACACACACACAUAUAUAUAUAUGUAUGUAUGUUACCCAGAUGGGCGAAAAGUAGAUCCUAGCUUUGAAAAAUAUCAAGGCAUUUUGAGAUAAUUAACAUUUACAUUUAGAGAUUUAUUUAGAGAUUUUAAAUGUUUUCACUGGCUUUCAUUUAGGUGUGAAGUAUUAUUGGUGACUGGAGCUCAGAAUGAAACAUUAUGUGAAGAAUAUCUUUUUUUUAAAAUCCUGGAAGCAUUUGAGAAUAAAAGGUUAAGGAGAUCUGUUUAAAUAUAUACAUGUUUUGCUAAUAAAGCUGAUACGGUGAGAACAUCAGUUCUCACUGUAUUUGGAAUAUUGUAUCUUAAUUUAAUAUUUCUAGCCAUAGCAAAUAAGUUAACUUUUUUCCGUUGGUAUCUAGCAUAGGGGCUAUACUCUGCUCAGGUCCUGCUUGAGCAUCAAAAUAGAGCUUGAAUGACAGACUUCUUGUUGAAGCAGCAAAUCUUGAUGGGCUUUCUCUGCUAAGGGUUGAGCUCAUGCUUCACUUUAUGCUUUUGCUCUGAGUUGAAAGUAUCUUGUCUUCUGGAGGAAAAGCAUGGUAGGGUAAUUACCUAAAGGACACUUAUUUGAGCUUAAUUUCUUAUUUGCUACUAAUUUAUACAUAGAUCUAAAAUAUUGUAAGUUCACUUGUUUGUGUUUUGUGAUGUAAACAGUUGUUGGGUAGUUACUGUAACUUUGAACAGGCUCAUGGAUACCACUUUUAACACAAAUGCAGAAGCUGAAGAGUAAUACUUGACAGAAGGGUGAGAGAGAUCUCUAAUGCAAGGCAAGAGAUUUUGAGCAAUGCAAACAAAGUAUUUCUGUUAAAUGGGAAGAGAGGGGUGGAAACUGAAGGUGCAGCUUCCUAUUAAAAUAAAGCAAUAGCACCUCUUACUGAAAAUUAUACUUUGGUGGUUUUGGUGGUUUGUUUUUUUAAGUUUGUUAUUAAUGGUCUUCAAAGAAACCUGUGUAGUAUGACCAUAGCGUACCACAAAAGCAAAUAAGCCUGAAUGCUGUUGUAUAUUUAGAUACUUCUAGAGAUUGUAGGUAAGCUAAUUCUGGAGUGUGGAUUUUAUUUUAGUGUGGGGAUUCACAGCAUGAUGAAGGUGACCCUGAGUUAGUCGGUACAGAUAGGGAUUAUAAUGAAUUUCUUACCUUGUUACCAAUUUGUAAGUCCUCUUUCCUUCUCUCUAGUACAACAUUUAGCCCAGGGAGAAUAAUUGUCCACUACAGUAAAGGAGGAAAUAACCAACAGUCAGUAGAGAGAAUGCACGUGGCCCCAGGAAAGAAAACUGUGUUGAAAGAAAAUAGAGAAUGCUUCAGGGAAUUACACCUUUUUACCUGAGAGAACCCAGAUGGAGUGGAUUUGACUUUGUAGCUAAACCGCCAGUGUUGUUUCAUAAAAAGUUAGGCAUCUGAAUUCAUCUGGAAUGAAGAAUGAUAGAGCAUUUUUGUUUAUUUGUUUAGAAAUUUAAUGUGCUUAUAAUGAAAGUUCAGGUUUUGUUCUAUGUAGCACAUAGAACAGCUAGAUGGCUAUGUGAUUUGCAAUACAAAAACUUCUCCAACUGUACAUUAAGAAAGCCUGUUCUACAGUCUUUCCAGGAUGGUAGGGUGUAUUCAAAAUCAUAUCUUUUGCUGUCUUUUGGUUGUUGUUUGGUUUUUUUUUUAAUGUGGCAUCACAACAGAUUUUACUGGGUUUUUUUCUCAAGUUAACUCUGCAGUGCCACCUCAAGUAUGCAAGAGCAAGCUAGAGAAGGUAUCUUUUAUGCAUUGACAAGAUUGUUUACUGUGAGCUGAAGAUAAUGAUAUUUCAUGGUGUCAUUAAAAUGACUUACUUAAACCUUUCUUAGCUGGCAUCAUCACCAUAAAAGUGUCCAAUUUCAGUCAGCACCUAGGUUGAACUUGCAAAACUAGGGCUCUGAAAAUAUAUAGAUAAAACAAAUGAACAAGUCUUUGGUCAUAUAAGCCAACACAGGCUGAGAUGUAUAUCUUGCUGGCAAUAGGCAAUUGGCUAUUGAAGAAAACAGUAAGCUUUUGUAAUAAUUCUUUUUGCAGUUCCAAAUUCUACAGCAGAUUCCGAUCCUUUUCCUACACUGACUUGUUGAUUAUCCCACAAAUGAUCUCAUUAAAGCUGGUGGUAGUUACUGUGAAAUGAGGCGUUACUGAGUAUAUCAGAAUUGGGUGUCAUGUUUGUUUUGUAAUUCAGACUCUGGGAAGGCUUACAUGUGCUAUAAAUUAAGGAUUUAAUAAAUUGGUGGAAGUUCAUAAUGAUGGAAGAACAAAUUCUUCCUGAACUAAGUCAUUAUCUUUGGUCUUAUGACUUAACAGCCAAUAAGAAAUGUAAAAAAUAGCGUUUCUGAUGGAAAUACGAUGUGGAGCUCUUUUAUUUUUAAUGUGGAAUAGAAGUAAUAUUUUACUCAUCUUUGUUUCAUAUAAAAAGAUUUUCAGGACUGAAGAAUUAACAAUUUGAAGGCAAACCAGUAAGGGGAGCUCUUACCAAUAUUUUAAACUGCUUUUUAAAAAAAUUUCUGCAGCGUGGGCAAUGGUGGGACUUUCCAUGCUUUGGAACAUUAGUAUCUGUCUCUCUGGAUAUGCUUUCAGCUGGAGAUGAACAUUCAACUUCAAAGGAUCCUUCUAGGAAGAUAUUUGCAGCAGGAGAUUUUGGCCAUUUCUUAGAUGUUUAGUUAUCAGAUGUUUUCUUUCUAUGCUUAGGUGCACAGUCCUGUUACAUGAAAAUGGUGUGUUCAACAUUCAGAUGUUACUGGUAGGACCAUGUAUCUCCACAUCACCGGGCUGAUUUAGGAGCUGUUCUGUAUUAAGUUACAUCAUUUUUAGUGAGCAUAAAUCACAGAAAUACAUUGUUGAUACAGUCUGAAGUAACUUUUAUUAAUUUUUUUCUCUUUAUUUCCUCAUCAUACAAAAUGCAUGUGAUUUGUAGGGAACCUGUUUCUCAGAGCACAUGCCCCAUACUCUAUGGAAGACGCUAUUCAACCUUAACUGUAUUUCAGUCUGCACUGGGAAUUUCUGCAUCUCUCUCCUUAUGGUGUUGCUAAUAGUACACGGAAAUGAAACAUACAGAAAAUUUCUCCCUCACUACCUCCAAAAGUGAAGUUUUACUGGUUUACACCUAUAUAAAGAAGAAAAGCAGGCUCAUAAUACCCAUGGAGGAAUGUGCUUGAACACACUAAAGAAAACCCAUUCGACACCAGAACAGAGUUGGAAGAAUCCAGGGAUUUCAAGCUUUGAAUGACAGGCGUCUUACAAGAUUACCACAGCUAAACUGAAAAUGCAGAUGCAGCUCUGAGUACCAGAUUGAGUGAGCUGGUGUGUGCACUCCGUGUACAUGAAGACACACAUGUUUUUGUCAUCACAUAGACUUACUCUUGCAUAUUCCUAAGAGCUUUGCAAUUGAUGAAAAUUAAUUUGAGGACCAGAUGGAGCACCUUUACAGCAAAAGAAUCAGUACCCCAUGGAAAGACACCUGCCAGUAAUGUUCAACUUUCCACAUGGUCUUCACGGGUGAAAAAAGUUAGCAAGAAGAGGAAGAAAAAACACUCUGCAGAGAAAAAGCCUGGCAAAUACCUCUACAAUCUCAGUCAGUAGCUGUGAGGGAAACAGAAGAACACGGAGGGUAGAGGAAACUGAUUGUGUUAUUGCAGAGGAAUAAUGUAUGGUCAUUGGCACGUUUUACUUUGGGCUCCAUAGAUUGUGAAUGGACUAAUUGUGACCAUAUGUUGAGUAAUGAUGACUGGAAGUGAAUAAGUUGAGGAACUAUGGGACAAGUCUGGGCAUUGAACUGAGCAAACCUCGUUGUCCUUCUUGAGUUAACCAGGUCAUCAAACUUGCAUAUUCUUUCUCCCUCUCCUUUUUCCUCUUUUCACUUAGUGUGGUAUAAAUAUGAAUUAAUUGAGCUCAUAAAUGUUAUUCAAAUAAAACAAUUGGAAUACUUCAUAUGUUUCCUUCUUGUACAGCUGCAAAUGUUGUGUCUGGAACUAUGAAUCUGUGCUGUAGACAAGCAUCAAGAAGGAAAGAUCCAAUCAAACAAGCAAGGAAAAUACCUAGAGAAAUAGCGAACCCAGGAAGUCAGAUUUUUAAUGCUGCUUCUCUUUCUUUUUUAGAUGAUUAUAUUUCUUCCUUCCUUGAAUUUUAGAAGAUUUUGAAAGAGUGCUUACUUGAUGUGCUUUAAUUCUGGCAUUUGUUUUUUACAGUAGGAUGAAAAGUCUGUGAUUCCUUGUAGCAGAAAAAAGGGAAAAGUAAAGGAAAAACAGCUUGACAUUUUAGCCUGUUUCAGAGGAGAGAGAACUUCAUGGUUCACCUGAGGCAAACUUAUCUGCUUUGAAAGCUAAAAGCUUUAGAGCAUUUUUGAUUCUGCUAUAAAUGAAGAGGGGGUUUCUUUUUCAUUCGUGUGUGGCAGCAAAAAGUGGGAAAGCAGGCAAGAUAGCGUGAUAAACAGUUCAGGCUGUGUUGGGUCUCUGGUGGAAAAAAAGUGCUGCAAUGAAAAUUGGAUUGGCUUUGGAUUGCAAAAACUUGUGAGUCCAACGAGCAGUUCAGUACCAAGAGGGAUUUCCCAGCUGGCCUGGCACACCAGUGCCUGCACAAGUUUGGGUCUGUUGUUUCGCACGGUUUGUGUGCCUUUUUUUCCCUUUAUGCAAUCUCUUUCAGCUUUAGCAGCAGAAAUACAUCAAAUGGAAAAGAUAUGCCAGAGGGCAGCUUGGAAAAGAUGAAUGUCAUAUAUGUACAUAUAUAUGUAUGUACGUGUGUUUAAAUUUCUGCAACUGAACUUUUGAAGAAAAUCUGACUGGAGGAAAUCUUAAAAGCCUUAAGUUACUUGAAACCUACACAUUUGCAACUCUUUGUCUCUGGAAUUGCAUUACGCUAAACUGGAAUCUCAGGCUGUAUAAAGAUUAUAUCAAGUUGAGCAAAAAGAUGACUUAACCAUUUCUUGAGCGCCUCUUACGAAGUAGCUGUUUCUCCAAAGGAUAAGUGCACCCUCACUCUACAGACUCAAAAACAAAAAUGAACCUGAAUUUUUUUUUAAGUGUUACUUUUUCUUAGCCAACUGCCAUCAUCUUUUAUAGAGGAAUUUUUCACUAUGCAUUUGGUGGAUAUUUAUAAACACUGACCCCAUCCUCCUCCCUUUCAAUGAUCUAUCCCAGGUCAGUCUUAUCAAUUAAAAAAAAAAAUUGAUUUAAAUUUUGUGCACUAGACAUAUUACUUUCUUAUGUCAAAAAAUAAAAUAUUUAAAAAGCAUGUAUGCAGCAGUGGAACAUGGGCCUGUUCUUUGCAGCGAUUCCAACAUCCUCUGCCUCUCCUGGAAAGGGAGAGUCCCCAAAAGUGAGAAGGAGAAACCGGUAUGCAGGAGGCGGUACUAUGAGGAAGGCUGGUUGGCAACAGGCAAUGGCAGAGGAGUUGUAGGCGUCACUUUUACUUCCAGCCAUUGCAGGAGGGACCGGAACACCCCUCAGAGAAUCAACUUCAAUUUGAGGGGCCACAACAGUGAGGUUGUGCUGGUGAGAUGGAAUGAACCAUUCCAGAAAUUAGCAACCUGUGAUGCAGAUGGAGGAAUAUUUGUUUGGAUACAAUACGAAGGCAGAUGGUCUGUGGAGCUUGUGAAUGAUCGUGGGGCACAGGUAAGCGACUUUACAUGGAGCCAUGAUGGGACCCAAGCACUUAUCUCCUAUAGAGAUGGAUUUGUGCUGGUCGGUUCAGUCAGUGGACAAAGACACUGGUCUUCAGAGAUAAACUUGGAGAGUCAGAUCACCUGUGGCAUAUGGACUCCAGAUGACCAGCAGGUACUGUUUGGCACUGCUGAUGGACAGGUUAUCGUCAUGGACUGCCAUGGCCGAAUGCUGGCCCAUGUGCUCCUUCACGAGUCAGAUGGCAUCCUCAGCAUGUCCUGGAACUACCCCAGCUUCCUGGUGGAGGACAGCAGCGAGAGCGACACGGACUCUGACGACUAUUCCCCACCACAAGAUGGACCGGCUGCAUACCCAGUCCCAGUGCAGAACACCAAGCCACUACUUACUGUCAGCUUCACGUCGGGAGACAUCAGUUUAAUGAACAAUUAUGACGACUUGUCUCCUACUGUCAUCCGCUCAGGGUUGAAAGAUGUGGUGGUACAGUGGUGUACACAAGGAGACCUACUUGCAGUAGCAGGCAUGGAGAAGCAAAGCCAGCUGGUUGACCUCAGCAAUGGUUCCUUGUUGAAAAGCGCACUUGUCAAGUUCUACAAUGUGCGCGGGGAACAUAUCUACACUCUGGAGACACCUGUGCAGCGUCCUAUCAUCUCGAUCUGUUGGGGUCACAGGGAUUCACGCCUGCUGAUGGCUUCUGGACCUGCAUUAUAUGUUGUCAGAGUUGAGCACAGGGUUUCCAGUCUGCAGCUGCUGUGCCAGCAGACCAUCGCUAGCUGUCUGCGGGAUGACAAGGAUAUCAGCAAACUGACCCUGCCCCCUCGGCUCUGCUCAUACCUCACCACUGCCUUUAUACCAACAAUCAAGCCUCCUAUCCCAGACCCAAACAAUAUGAGAGAUUUUGUCAGCUACCCAACAGCUGGUAAUGAACGGCUUCACUGCACGAUGAAGCGGACAGAAGAUGACCCAGAGGUUGGUGGUCCAUGUUAUACUCUGUACCUGGAAUACCUUGGGGGAUUGGUGCCUAUCCUGAAAGGACGUCGUAUCAGCAAGUUGCGGCCGGAGUUUGUCAUCAUGGAUCCUAAAACAGAUGGGAAAGCAGAUGAAAUCUAUGGAAACAGCUUGAUUUCCACUGUGAUUGACAGCUGCAACUGCUCUGACUCCAGUGAUAUCGAACUGAGUGACGACUGGGCAGCAAAGAAAUCUCCCAAAAUCAGCCGAGCUAGCAAAUCACCCAAACUCCCCAGAAUCAAUAUAGAAGCUCGCAAAUCUCCAAAGAUGUCACGAGCUGCACAGGAGAUAUCGAGAUCGCCAAGAUUACCAAUAAGGAAACCAUCUAUUGGUUCGCCAAGCCUAACCCGAAGAGAGUUUCCUUUAGAAGAUAUUACUCAGCACAACUACCUUGCUCAGGUCACAUCUAAUAUCUGGGGAACCAAAUUCAAAAUUGUGGGUUUGGCUGCUUUCCUACCGACUAACCUUGGUGCAGUAAUAUAUAAAACCAGUUUGCUGCAUCUGCAGCCCAGGCAGAUGACAAUAUAUCUCCCAGAAGUGCGGAAGAUUUCAAUGGACUACAUUAACCUGCCGGUAUUUAAUCCAAAUGUUUUCAGUGAAGAUGAAGAUGAUUUACCAGUGCCCGGCGCCCCCGGCGCCCCCGCCAGCAGCCCGCCGUGCACCGUCAACAUCCCCAUCGCCCCCAUCCACAGCUCGGCCCAGGCCAUGUCGCCCACACAGAGCAUCGGCCUGGUCCAGUCGCUGCUGGCCAACCAGAACGUGCAGCUGGAUGUGCUGGGCAACCCGCCGGCCGAGGUGGGGGGCGAGGGGGCAGGGCCCUUCCCGGGGGCGCCGAGCCGCUUCCCAGGCCCCGGGGCCGGGGCGCUGGCCGGGGGGGAGCUGGGCCGCACCGCUCCCCCGCCCCCCGCCCUUGCCCCGCUGCCCCCCGCCGCCCCCAUCAUCGCCCUGGCUGACCUGCGGGACCACGGCGACCGCGAGCACGAGCCGCCACCCAAGGCCAAGGCCCCGCGGCCAGGACCGCAGCUGGUGGAAGGGGAUGCCGUCGUCUUCGGGGCCGCUCCGGAGCUGCAGCUGAACAAAAUGAACCCCCCACCGCCCUACCCCGGCACCAUCCCUGCCGUGCCCACCAGCGCCCUGCCACCCCCACCCGGCCCCCCGCAGCCGCCCCUCGACCUCUGCCUGAAAAAGGGGGAGUUCUCCCUCUACCCGGCGGGGCACUACCAGACGCCCCUGGGGUAUGAGCGGAUAACGACAUUUGACAGCAGUGGGAACGUGGAGGAGGUGUGCCGGCCUCGCACCAGGAUGCUUUGCGCCCAGAGCACCUACACCCUGCCGGGGCCCGGCAGCUCCGCCACCCUGCGCAUCACAGCUGCUGAGAAGAAGAUGCAGCAGCCCUGUGCCAGCGCCACCCUGAACCGGCUCACGGUGCCCCGCUACUCCAUCCCAACCGGGGACCCGCCGCCCUACCCUGACAUCGCCAGCCAGCUGUCCCAGGGCAGAAACAUCGCGCAGAGGCUGGACAGCAGUAUCAUUCAUGCAACUCUGCGGAGGAACAGCAGGGAGGCAGCCCUGAAAAUGGCUCAGCUGGUGGAUGGUCAGAGAGCCACCUUGCAACUUCCCCCAAAAGCCAAGAGCAGCGUGGUGACGGCACAGUACCAGCAGAGAGUACCCACCGCCUUGUACACCUGCAGCCAAUGCAGCAGUGGUGGCAGCAGCAGCAACACAAGCACUGGUGGUGUGGGAAACAUCCCUAGCACCAACGCUAGUAACAGCACUUCCAGUAUUGGUGGCAUGAGACCUGAUCUGAGCACGGGGAGUGGCUCCCAGCACAGCUCUGUCAUUGCUCACUCCGUCAGUACUUCGCCUCUGGCCUCCCAGUCCUCCUACAGCUUGCUGAGCCCGCCUGACAAUUCCCGUGACCGAGCGGAUUAUAUCAACUCCGCCUUCACAGAGGAUGAGGCCCUUUCUCAGCACUGCCCAGUGGAGAAAUCAAUACGACACGUACCUGUGACCUUGACGGAGGCUGCCCUCGGUGUAAAACGGCCUCCGCCGUACCAGUGGGACCCUAUGGUGAGUGAAGAGAUAUGGGUUCCUCAGGAAAGGACAUCUCAGAGCGCAGUGCCCAACCCCCUAAAACCUACUCCUCUCAUCAUCGGUCAAGCUCAACAUCUGGAUAUGUCUCGAGUGCCAUUUGUUUCCCCAAAGUCUCCAACCAGUCCCACUGCCACUUUCCAGACAAGUUAUGGGGUUGGAGUACCUUACCCAGCAAGCUACAGUGCCCCUCCCCUUCAGGGAAUGCAGCCCCCCUGCUCCCCCAAAGAAACUCUGGCCCCAACGCAGUUUGCACAGCAGGAGCCCACAGUUGUGCUUCAGCCAGGUUAUCCACCCAACCUCUCCUAUUGCCCUUUACCACCCAUGUACCCAGGAAGUAGCGCCUGCUCUAGUUUACAGCUGCCACCGAUCGCCUUGCACCCGUGGAGCUCCUACAGCGCCUGCCCACCCGUACAGAACCCCCAGGGCACCUUGCCCCCCAAGCCGCUCCUCGUGGUGGAGAAGCCAGUGAUGUCUCCCCCGCCAGCAGAGCUGCAGAGCCACGUGGGCACAGAGGUAAUGGUGGAGACAGCAGACACCUUCCAGGAGGUGCUUUCCUUGACGGAAAGCCCUGUUCCUCAAAGGACAGACAAAUUCGGCAAGAAGAGCCGGAAGCGCCUGGACAGUCGAGCCGAGGAAGGAAACGUGCAGGCUAUCACCGAGGGCAAGGUCAAAAAAGAGGCAAGGACGCUGACUGACUUCAAUUCACUAAUAUCCAGCCCUCGGCUGGGGAGGGAGAAGAAGAAGGUCAAGAGCCAGAAAGACCAGCUGAAGUCCAAGAAGCUAAACAAGACAAACGAGUUUCAGGACAGUUCAGAGAGCGAGCCGGAGCUUUUUAUCAGCGGGGAUGAACUGAUGAACCAGAGCCAGGGCAGCAAAAAGGGUUGGAAAACCAAAAGGAGUUUGAGGACAGCCAGUGAGCUGGAUGAAUUCAAGUGCCGGAAGGCCAGCGAGAAGGAGGAUGGGAGGCUGGGGAGCCAAGGCUUUGUGUAUGUGAUGGCCAACAAGCAGCCGCUGUGGAAUGAGGCAACACAAGUCUACCAGCUGGACUUCGGAGGGCGGGUGACCCAGGAGUCGGCAAAAAACUUCCAGAUUGAGCUGGAAGGGCGACAGGUGAUGCAGUUUGGAAGGAUUGAUGGCAAUGCUUACAUUUUGGACUUUCAGUAUCCAUUUUCUGCAGUGCAAGCCUUUGCUGUUGCUCUGGCUAAUGUGACUCAACGCCUCAAAUGAACAAGCAGAGACUGGAGAGAGGAAAAUGUUAACCUUCUCAUAAAGUCCAAACCGGAAAAUGUCAGGGCAGCCUGCUUUAGGUGUGCAGAGGUGCCUGGGAGAGAAGGCGGCAGUAAAACUGGAAGUCUCUUGGUGCCCAGCAGAAGGGCAUUAACUCUAAUCAGUCAUGGGGAGGAGGGUGGGGGGUUGUUUCCUGUUUUGUUUGUUUGUUUGUUUGUUUGUUUUCAGGUGUUUUCUUUUCUUUUUAAGCGUUGUGCUGGGUCUCAGAAAGAGCGAAGGGUUGGGAGCCAUUCAGUGUUACGUGGAGAAGUGUGGCUUUUGGCUUGUUGUGGUUCUGCCGUGUUUGCUACAGUAGCUGAUGUAAGCUCAUAGGGGGAUUAAAAAAGACUGCUCUUUUUGAUAGACUGCCUUAUAUCAUGCUGUUCUUUUUAAAACAGGGAACGUAACUUUUUUUCUGGUCCAGUUUGUAUUACUACUACUACUACUACAACAUCAGUAAUAGCAGCAAAAAAAAGAAGCUGUAAUACUUGAAGACAUGUAUUUCUUCUCUGAUAUCUGAUAAUAACUGAGCACCACAAGUUCCAAGGAGGCUUAUGUAGGUCAAUGUAUAAUUUCUAAAUAAUGAUGUGUUAUUCAGAAGAGAAAAGUUGUUACCAGUGGGUAGUUUUAAAAACCCACAGCAUCAAAGAAGUUGAUGUCUGCUUGUUUUGUGUGCUGUUAUUGGGGAUAAACAUCUUUCAGUAGGUGACAGAAGAUAGAGGAGAAAACCAUUAUGAGCGUUGCUUCUUCUGUUGUUGGGAAUAAACAUCUUCCAGUAGGUGACAGAAAAUAGGGGAGGAAAUAAUCGUGAGCAUUGCUUCUUUGCUCGUAUUGAUCAACAGUGUUCUCUGAUUUGGCCUGUAGCUGGGAGGGGUACGGUGUGACCAGAUGUAUUUCUGAGGCCAUGCCUGUACAUGCUCCUUAUUUAAAUGUGUUUACCACUUUACAAACAAAGUAUUUUGAGUGAGUAAGAAGGCCCAGUGUAUUCAGUCUUCUUAGCAAUCAGUGUGAAUCAAGUUCUACAACAGUGAUGAGCACUUGAAUUAGGAAGGAGACAGAAGUGUAGCAAGUGAUUACAAGAAGCAUUUUCAUCAGGAAAGCAAUUUCAUUACAGGGAAAACAUCAUGGCUGGCUGGAGAACGAAUGAGUUGAAAGAGGAAGGAAAAAUUGGACAGAAUCAUCCCUUUUAUCACCUUGUUACUUGAGUAGGCUUUGUGACUGUGGUUUGAGAUUAUAACACUCCAGCUAAAAGCAGGAAGCCAAAGUUUGCAUGGAGUGUUACAGAGGAAAGCUUAAUAACUGUAGCAUGACUCUGCAGUUCUUUCUGUUGGACAUGCAGACCUGUUGAGCAUUUCAAAAGGGUUGCUUGGACAGAAGAGUUUCUGUGUUGUCCACGUGUUGUGCACAUAUUUAUUUGCUUUCUCUCUUUCCUCCUUGCCUGCAUUUUGCUACAGAAUAUGUUCUGAUAUGGAAGUAGUUUCCCCAGUAAUACAGAAAGCCCAAAACUAUUAAUGUAAUUAUUUGGACAUUAGAUUACAAAACGUAACUGCAGAUUUCCUGCAGAAAUUACUGUUUGAAGUGAAAGGCACACUGAGAAAGGUAUGCUGGUUGAGGUGUCGAUGGCUGCUUUGUCUUUGUCUUUCAUCCACAAUUUCAGCUUCUUACUUGAAAAAUUCUAUAUAACUUAAGAUGAAUAGGCGUGAUUUUCUCUUUGCUUUUCUUAAAUCCUAAUGGUAGGGCAGAUGUGUGUUGCAUUUUAUUUGUUCUAGAAGAACAUACUGCUUAAGAUAAGAUCCUGCUGUAGUAGAAGUUACCAAAAUGCUUUUAACUUCUGCUCUGCUGAGGCUUCUAGAGGUGUACAGCACGGAAGGAGUAAUGCCGGUCGCAGAGGGGAGUUUCAGAGAGUUGCCAAGGGAGAUGACGGGGCAGAUCAUCCACAGGUCAUGUUCCACAGGGUAAGUCCAGAAAAAAACACCUGCAAGAUGGUUUUCUUGGAGAGAGGUAGGAAGGAAGGAGGGAGGUAGAUGGUACCAUGUCUCUGUUAUCCCAAAGCUCAGCAACUUCUGUUUGAGUGUGGGAGUGGUCAGGCACAUCAUUCCUCUUGACAUCUAGCAGAUUGUUGUUUGCUUUAAUUAAUGAAGUUUGUUUCCAUCAGUUGUCUGGGCCCAUUUGUAUUCUUUCUCACAUGCCUGAUUUAUUGAGCAGUUUGUGUGCCUGUACGUAUAAUGUGUGUGGAACAGAGGAACUAAGAUGGAUUUGGUUCUGGUCCCUUUAAAAUCAAUUAAAAUGUUUCCCUUGGGUUUUGUGUGGAGGAAACACUAUUAAGGCCUUUGUCUAUAUUGAGUUGUAUGCUGUACAAACAGCAGGUUGAAUUCUCGGUCCACUGAUUCCAGUACACAAAGAGGAAAGUUGGCUGAUGAGAGUCCUCACCUGCUCCAAGGUCUGUGCUAACCAGUCAUACCCUAAUUAGAGUAUUAUAGGCACACACUGAACACUGUAAGAGAAGAAACAUACCAUGGCUUCCUUGCUUGCUUGCUGAGGCCACUCAGCCACAUCAGAAACCUUCAGCUGGAAGAAACAUCACCUGUAUUUUUAAGCCAAAAUUGUCAGUACAUGGAAACAACAUGAAUGUCUUUUUUUCUGAACAAAAUCUAAUCUAUAUAGAAGGACUUCUGCAUGCAGUUUCUUUAACCUUCCAGGGAACGGUAUUCCUCUUCACUUGGUUCGUUGCCAAUUUUUUCCAGUUACCGGCAGUUUUAUGUUAACAGAGAACCAAGAAAUUAAACCCAGUACAACAAGGAGCGAUUUGGUUUCAUUGGCCCAGGUCAUGACUGCAUCCUUCUGACGGCACUUAACAAAGAACCUUGGCAUAGAAAGAUACCCAGGUUUUGCCCCAGCAAAGCACAAGGAAUAAUUAUCAAAAAUUAGGAAAAUAAAUGAGAUUUCCCACAUCCUUCCCAUUUACUUGUCAGAAAAUGCUAUAGGAUAAGAUAAUCUUUUAUCUUUCUGAAAAUAAUUCAAGAGAGUCCCUUUAAUUGAGGAUCUUAAUUGUGUAGAGAAUAGCCAGUAUUAGAGAGAGAAAGUACUCUCAAAUAUAUUAGAAUUUUAAUAAAAGGAAUGGAAAUUAUGUAAAUGUCUGAUGCAACUGGGUCCUAAAUUAUACAGAGAACAAGUGAAUGUGACAGUUGUUUUCUUUGUCAUUGAGAUACAAUAUAGGAAACAAAUUUAAAAGCCCCCCCAAAUAAUCACUAUUGCAUUCAACCAAAAGAAGUUACAUUUUAUAUUUCAUUAGUAAAACACAGGUUUUAUGUAGAUAACUAAGUUCUUCUAGGAAGAAUGUAGCAAAGUGUUCAGAAAUACCUAGUUCUUUUAUACGUACAGUAAUUUCCAUUAGUUAAGUAUGUUUUUUCCAAAGCUUGUUUUUUUUAGUUGUGCAAUAAUUGUAACAGUCUGGGGGUUUAUGAGUUUUUAGUUGGUUUGGGUUUUGGGGGGCUUGGUUGUGGGGUUUUUAGGGAGUUUUGAGUGUUGGGGUUUUUUUUAGGGUAAUUUAAUGCAGAUUUCCGGUUCAUGUCCAAAACCCAAAUUAUUUAUCUUGCAUAAUGUAAUAAGUGAUUUAGGGAUUAUUUUAUUACUAUGUAUCAGUGAGUUAUAUACACUUUCUUAUUUAUAUUUAAAGAGCAUCUUUGUAAGUAAUUGUUUGUUAGCAGUAUGUUUUGGUGCAAGAAGUUAAAAAUGCAUAUAGGAAGACCUGUAUUUGCUAGAUAUACAAAAUUUCAUAAUGCAGGCAGGCAAAAAUUUUUUUUGGCAGCUGAAUGCAACAAGUUUGCCGUGGAGGACUGUGUAGACGACGAAGAGUAUAGAUGUUUUCUUUGGGACCUGCAGAAAUCUGUCCUUCUUCACUGCUUUCCUCCUUUUCUUCUAACUAUAUAUUUCAGUUGGGGGUGGUUUUCGAAAUACCAGACUUGAUUUGCUUUCCCUCUUAGCACAGUGCUUUUUCUUGAGAAAUAAAAUAAGGUGGGUUACAUGAUAAAAGAGGGUAUAGCGAUAUAUGGUCAGUUUGUAAGAAGUUCAUUGCACAGUUUAGUAGGGUUUGGCAAUGGCAUAAUUCAGCGCUAUGCGGAGAUACAAGCAAGUUAGCUUGGAAUAAGCUACUUGAGGCACAAGAAAUAGUGUAGCAGUAGAUGCAUUUUCCUCUGCUCAGACUAACAACAUUCCUUCUUCAGCUGGGCUCUGCUGAUUCCAACACAGCUGUAAUGCUUCUGAUAGCUGAGCUAGCGCUGUGCAGGGCUGGUGGAGCUGAGCCCUGAUGCUGCCUGCAGCAGCUUUGCGUCUUCAGCGUGCUCCAUCACAGACCUGGUGGAGCAGGCAUUCCUCCACUUCUAGGUCUGUGCCAAGAGCAGCGUGAAGCUGCCAUGGGGUUUGGCUGCAGCAGCUUCGGGCAGAGAAAGCCCCAAUGCCAGCCAGUGGCCGUGGUGGCCAUUUGGAAUCAGAAUCUGCCCCACUGGAGUUGCCUUUUGAAAAAAUAUGGCUGAUGUCCUUGAAAUAUAGCUCCUAAGAGAGUCUAAGAAUUGAUACUUGAAGUCUGGUAGGAAGUGCACCGUGUGUGGAGUGGCGAAUUUUAGCUUGAAACAGCGAGGAUAUCAUGUUUCUGCAACACCCUAAGAAAAUACAAGAAAGAGGAGGGUGAAAGAGGAAAAAAGGGAAUUAACAUGUUAACAAUUUUGCCCUCAGUUCCAGACGCAGCAGUAACAUGUACCAUGGGCUGCCUGAAUAUUGUAAAUCUGCACACAGGUUCAUCGCAGAUAAACUUCCUGUGAUGCAGCCACGAGUAAAACAGUUCCAACGUUUCUUUCUCCAGUUUUGUUGCAUUGUUUUUAUGAAGACACUUGAAGGUCUACAGAUGUCAGAAAAGAUAUCUGGCUUGGCUGAAGCCUUGAGCCUAGACCUUCUGUGGGUCCAGACUUUCCUUGGUGUGUCUUUUUAGUGUCCUCUCAGAAAUUCCAAACAGAUUUCAAAGCUUGCCUGGUCAUUGCCUCAGACAAUUUCUGUGCAUUUGUUUUUUACAGCCUGAUGUGUGUGAUCCUAUGUAAUCUUGGUGCCCUAUUACCUGUCAGAAACAGUUUAAAUCCUCACAUGAAGAAGUUAGCAAGUACAAAAAUUGAUUUGAUAGAGAGAAAGCAGAGAGGAGACAGUAAGUUUUCACUAGCUGUUAAGAAUGUGUUUCCCAGAGCCAACAGUUUAGAAACUGCAAAUUUGUGCACUGCCCAAACCACUCCAGACUGGUAGAUCUGACUUGGAGAUUAGUAAUGCGAGUCACUUGCGUGGCACACUGACAGACCGCUGACUGCUAGCCUCACUACAUGGUUACACCAAGGUAUAUAAGAGAGUAGAAUCCAACCCAAAAUGGACUUUCCCAUUUCUGUGUGGUUAUAAAGUAAGAAUGACUUACAUCACCAAUAUGUCCACUUAAGAAAAUUAUAAAGCAUUACCCAACAACUAUAUUGGUAGUUCUGUAUAACCCUCUCUUGAAGAAUGCUAGAUGUAGAAACCUGGCCACAGAGUAGUCAUUCAGAUUUUUGUCUUUUAUUCCCAUUUCUAGGAUUCCAUCACAGGAGAGCAAGCUGUUUGUUAUUUAGGGAUUGGCAUGUUUUUCCCAGUAUAAGAGUGCAAGUGUUACCGUGCUGCUGACAAAAAUGAAAAAAUUCUGGUAGAUGAAUUUUUUCAUUUUCAAGUCCUUUCAUCUUAAGGCAAGCACAAUCCUCCAUCAGCAAAUACCAAUUUGCAGUCCUCCUGUCCUCAGGAGUAGUCUGCAGGUAGGCACCACAGGUCCUCUUUGCAAGAAUUUACAUGCACCAUUCUCAACAGAAUAAGAUUAGUUACUACUUGUGAACAAUGGGCUAUGUGAAUUAUUUUAUAUCUUUGUACUUAUUUAAUUUUCUUCUAAAAACAUCCUACAGAGAUGUUUUAAGAUUAAAAGACUUAGCUUUGUGUGUUGCCUGAUAUCUCUGAAGAAGGAUCAGGAGGUAAUUUCUUUAGGCAGUUUGAUUGUUGCUGCAUCUAGAAAAUUAGAUUUUUAAGACAAUUAACCAAAUAAAAGAAUGAAAUCGGAUUCAGUGAAGCAAUUCUUGCUAAGAAAAUUAAAAACUUCACCCUUCAACUUUUGAUUUUGCAAAUGGUUCCAUAGUGAGAAAUUUGUGCUUCAAGGCAAGUUGAUUGUUGUGCAGCAGUAUGCAAGCACACAGGUUUGCUGACCCAGACCUGACUGCAGGAUCAGAACAACAUGAUUUUGUGAAACUUAAAAUUAAAUAAAUGAAAACACCAAACGCCUAUCCAGAUUGUUAAACAAAAAAAUCAGGUGGUAUGAUGUUAAAGCCUGCCAGUUUAUUCUUAAUCCUUGCCCUCCAGUUUACAUUAUUACAAAUACAAAAAUACGAUCUGAUUCAGCAAUUCUGAAUCCUGACAAAUGUUGUCUAUUUGUGGAAUAUUUAUCUUACUGGCCAAGUAGAUGGUUUAAGAUACAGAUUGAGAUUAAAGUAAUAAUAAAGAAGAAACAUUUUUUACCAGUGUGCAGACACCUGAGUUUCAAGUAUUUCAUUGGAACAGUGCUCAGCUUGUAAUUCCUACCUAUGUUGUCUCAAGAUAUUUGUUCAGAACUUUCCUAAUUUUCCCUUUGUUUCCUUUGUUUGCUUGAUACAUGUUUUGCCUUUGGUUGCCUUUCGUUUCACUAUUUCUGCAUUCACUGCUUCUUUUUGUGUGUUGUGUGUUUGGGGAAGGGUAUGUCUGUUCAAGAUCUCAUUGUUUAUUGUAGAUACAAUAUAUGGUGUUGUGGAAUAGCAUGGGGAUGCAUUUGAUUGAAAAGGCACUGUAGUGUUUCCUGAAAAAGAAGGGGAGUUGCAUUUGUUUAUAAAUGCAUUAUUUUGGUACUAUAACUUUGAACGUGAUUUUAGAAAAUUUUUUUAUUAUUAUUUAAUGAGCAUAUACCCAUGCAGGUGCAUGCAUUCUUAAGCUAGGAAGCCCAGCAUGUUUUUCUUAAGGCUUUUAAAAAUUUGGUACACAGUUUGUGUACUUUUACAUACCUAUGCUAUUUUUUAAAUACAUUUUUUGGAAUCUCAAGUUUUCUUUUUUUUUUUCUUUUUUUUUCCUCAGUAUACCGUGGUAUACCUGCUUUCCAUUGGACUUAAAAACUACCCUGAUCUGCCUCUCCUUCUAUGUAUCUUGUGUAAUAGAUUUUGCAGGAGGUGCCUAGAAAGCAUUGUUGGUUUCCCUAUAAAAAUGUGGUUUGUUCAGAUUCUUUACUGUCUACAUAACUGAGAGAUAGACUGAUUGCCCUAUUUUUCCUUGAUGAUUUGGAGUUGUAAGAGUUGUCCAGCUGUUGCUUAAUAAAAUUUUGCAGACUAGAACAUUCCUGACUUGUUUUCGUUGCAUUCUGCAUCUCAUCGAGCACCUUCAAUAAUUUUAAAGCAGAUGACAAAUCUGCACUGGAAUGACCUGAGUAAUAAAUAGCUAGAUGCCGUUAUGCUUUCUCUUUUCGAUAACUGUAUCCACAAGUUCCACUGAACCUGAGGUGUUUACCAGCUCAUCAUACUUUGUGUCAUUCAUAUGGGAGGAUGGGUGGCAAAGAUUUCGUGGUAAUAAUGUUCCUGUCUGCCUGGAUAUCAGCUGAUUCUUAUGCUAUUUCUCUUCUGCUUGCUUUCCUUUUUAAGGAAAUUACCUUUGGGGUUUGUAGUACUUCUCAUUUUGUCAUUGAUAUACUGGAAACUUUAACAUUACCACGAGGGAUUCCUCUGUCCUGUCAUCUUUAACAACAGAAUAAAAUGCUGUGAUGGCCA